AUGACCACCCAAUUCGAUAGUAUUUACCAUGGAACUGGGUUGAACUUGGGAAUCCGCUUUGCGCCUGCUGGUAUCGCAUGGAAAGCACUCGAGGGUGAAGGAAGUAUCAUGAUCCAGGCCGGAGACAUAAAAUAUUGCCAGUGGCUACGAGUGUCACGCAAUUUUCAACUCCGGCUGAUUCUAAAGGAGAACAGGAGGAGAGAAACUUUUGAUGGAUUUUUACGAGAGGACCACGACAAGGUUUCUCAGCUCGUUACUCAACACUACAAAACACAGCUUGAAACGAAAGAAAUCAGUGUCAAGGGCUGGAACUGGGGGUCUACAGACGUUCAAGGCUCCGAUCUAGCGUUUAUAAUCUCCAACCGGACAGCGUUCGAGAUUCCUCUUCGCUCGGUUGCAAACUCCAAUAUUGCAGGGCGAACUGAGGUCUCACUUGAAUUCAACAUGUCUAAUCCUACCUCACAGCCAAAAAGCAAAAAAGGCCGACCAGACGAGCUGUCUGAGAUUCGUUUCUAUGUUCCGGGCACCCACGAAGGCGAUGGUGAUGAUGAAGAUGUCUCGGCCGCACAGGCUUUCCACGAUUUGAUCAAGGACAAGGCCGAUAUCGGUCAAGUCACUGGAGACGUAUUGGUUAACUUGGCACGUCGAAUAACUAGUGGUCGCUACGAUAUCGACAUGUUUCCAACUUUCCUUCGACUACGUGGAAAAACAUACGAUUACAAGAUUUUGUAUUCAUCGAUUACAAGGCUGUUUUUGCUCUCCCCGGACGAUUUGCAUGUUGAGAUGGUGGACCUAGAGACCGAGAUUCAAAUGGACGAGGAGCAACUCAAAGCUAAAUAUGAAGGAAAACUCGAAAAGAAGUACGAUGGUCCAGCACACGAGGUCAUCUCGAGAAUUUUCAGAGGGCUGAGUGGCAAGAAGAUUAUUGCACCACCACGUUCCGCAGUGCAACUUGAAAGCCGUCCAAGGCACGCUUUCCCGCUCGAAAAGUCAUUGUUCUUCGUGGCCAAGCAACCUCAUCUUGUCGAGUUUACGGACAUACAUCAGGUCGUGUUUUCUCGAAUGGGCUCUGGUACAUCAUCGGCGCGUACAUUCGAUCUUAAAGUCAUUUCCAAAACUGGACCAGAAGUCACGUUUACAUCUAUAAACAAGGAAGAGCAUGACCCAAUCGAAAACUACCUUACUUCCAAAAAGUGCGCAAAAAUCGCUGUUGUGGAAGACAGCGAUGAUGAGAUGCAGAGUGUUGCCAGUGACGGAAGCGAGCGUCCUAAACCAAGGGCGAUGGAUAGCGACGAUGAGAGUGAGGCAGACGAAGACUUUGAAGCCUCUGAAUCCGACGGCGGAUCGCCAUCCGAAAGUGAUUCCGAAGUAUCUGACCGAAUGUCGAUUGUCAGCGGAGACCUCGCUGUUGCCGAUGCCCCUAAGAAGAAGAAAAAGGAUGGGGAGGCACCAAAAAAGGGAAAGAAGGACAAGGCUGCCAAAAAAGAGGACGGGCCCGCGAAGAAGAAACAGAAGAAGAAUACCGACUAG